AUGAAAUUUGUAUAUACAUUCAUUCUCUACCUAGCUGUAGUGAAAUGUAGUAAUUCUUUUACAUUUCAGUUAAAUUCAGGAGAUUUAAGUAGAACAACAUUGGAAUUUUCAGCUAAUCACCCAGUUUAUCAAUUGAGUCUUAGAUGCGAUGUAAUUAUUAAUUUUUUAUUUAAAGAGUUAUGCUACUGAUUUAUGGCUUGCAUAUAAUUACGCUAAUUUAACUAUCACUCCAGAACAAAGAUAACAAUAUAAAUGUUCUGAUAAAAACUUUACGAUUACUUUAUCAAAUGACUUUACAGAUGAAUAUGCUACUAUAUAAGUAUAUAAUUAAAAUACAUCUGUGAAAAUUCAAAGUUUUGAUUUCCUAACUGAUUCAUAAACUACUUAUAAGACUGCUUUGACAGCUAAUAAAGCCACUACUUAAGGACUUUACUACACUAAGAAUGAUUUCAGUAUGUAAGUAUCUUAUCCUUCAACUAUGUAUGUUGAAAUUUUAAAAUGCCCUACAUCAGAAUCAAAAAUUGAAGUGAUGCAAUUUAAUGAAUUUGGUUAAUAUAGAAACUUAGAUGGAAAUUUCAACAAUAAAUUCUUCUAUGAUGUAUUUAAUGCCUCCAAUGGAAGCUCCUAUUAUAGAUUAUAAUAAUCACAUUAUGAUAGUCCUGAUGUUUUUAUUAAAGUAAAUUUUUAUUAUAUAAAUUUAGUAUCAAAGAGCUUAAUAAUAAUAAAUAAAGGAUAUAAAAUCAUAUAUCAACUAUUCCUACUUUCGACCAUCUGUGUAAGUAAAAGGGGAUAAAAUAUUUAUAACAUUUCCAGAUUUUAAAGUUAAAAAUUACGAACAAGUAGAACUUCGUGUAACUGUUGGUUGGGAUGGUUCAGAAACUAAGGAAAUAAUUUGUGCAUACGGAGAUCCUGAUAUUUGGAGGCAAUAUAAUUCCUAUUCAAUAAACAAAUACAAUUUAACAUAUAAUAUAUAUGGAAAUAAUUAGUUGGUUGCUGAUUUCCCAAGUUAUAUAUAAGGAAGCUACAAUAUUAGAACAACUGCUAUUGUAAAUUUUGGAACAAUUAAAUAAACUAUUCCAAUGCAAACUGUUUAAAUUUAUAGAAAUUUAUACGCACCAUCUGGAUCAUUAUUAGUUCAUAUUUUGGCUCCAAUAAUUAUUUCUGUUUUAGCUUUGUUUGGAUUAAUUGUAGGAGGUUGUAAAUAUAGAAAAAAGAAGGCUCUUUACUUAUAGGAACAAUAAUUGGGAUAAUUGCAAUAAUAACAUUAAAUACAGAAUCCUUAUAUUGGUAUCCAAUGAA